AGUGGGUGUAACGUUUCUAGUUGAACCAUAGUAUUAAAAACAUCAUAUUUUUUGGUCGUCGGAGCUCUUAGUCCGUGUAAAUAGUUCGUGUACCAAGUAUUUACCUUUUUCUUAAAUGAAGAGACGCAGGUUACUUGCAGUAGAGCAACAAUUGUAUCAGACACAGCACGGAAAAAUUCAAAAGCCAGAUGCUUAUGGCAUUAAAAGAGACUUGGCUAGAAAACAGUCUGGGAAACAAGAGGAUGGAUCGGAUGAUUUUGAUGAUGAUCUUGAUGAGGCUUUGUUCAAAUUAGAUUCUGAUUCAUUGACCACAGCUGAUUAUUUGAUAAAAGCCAAUCCUAACUCCAAUUUACCUGUUUGCCUAGUACACCAAGUGUAUAGUAUUAUACCUAAUAAUACGAUGGUCGAUCGAGAAUUGCAACAAGCCUUUCAAAAUGGUCUAUAUAGGAAAAUACAUAUAGUGGGUACACUAGAAGAUGAAUUUCUGUUGAUCAAGACAAGCGACUACGUCAAUGGUGUGAAGGAGGCCAAGGACCAUGCCAUAAAGUCCAAAGAGGAUCCAAUCGUGUUUGACGUGUUUGAGACUGUUGUUGACCAAUACAAGUCAGUCUCGAUUUUAAAGAGCACAUUAAUUCAGGAUUUCAAGUUAACAGAAAGGAAUCUAGCACAAUUGGUCUCUUAUGGCCUAUUGUUGCCUCAUUCUCGUCUGGACUCUUUUUGGUUUUCAAUCAGAGAACAAGGCUCUUUUAUGUCAAAAUUAAAUGCAGGAAGAAAUGAGAUACAACGCAUGUUAAAAAGAAGACAUUCGCAUGAUAUGAUGGAAAAAUUACUGAAACAAAAGAAACUUCACAAGACUAAUUUUAGUAUUGAUUUUUUGUUAUAUGAUCUGAUUGGUAGUGGAAGAGUAGAGAGGCAUAAAACACCAAUGGGAGAUUUAAUUCGACUAACCGACAAAGGGGGCAAAUAAUUCAUGCAUAUAUAUAUAUAUAAACGAAUGUAAUAAUAUUAAUAAUAUUAACAAUAAUAAUAAUAAUAAUGAUA